CUGCGGCUGCUCCUGGAACGAGGGCAUAGCCUGACUGGCGCUGAUGCUUUUGGAAGAACGGCUCUCCACUGGGCCGCCCGUGGAGGUUACGAAGACGUAGUUCAAUACAUUCUGCGAGAAGGGAAAUCUGCAGAUGCAGAAACAGCAGACGGCAUGACACCACUCCAUUGGGCUGCGAAGCAUGGCCACGCUGAGGUCGUGGCGGAGCUUUUGGUCGGUGCCGACCCCUCUGCAUCAACUGCGGAUGGCAGAACAGCGCUGCACUGGGCAGCAAGCCGCGGACACACCUACAUAGUCGAGAUGCUCCUAGCUGAUAGGCGCGUUCACGCAGAUACUCAAUCUAGAAACGGCUGGACAGCGCUG